AUUGUUUUUUCAUGUAGCAAGAAAUCUGAUUGAUGGUUUGAUAGCCAUUUUGAAGAGCCUUUUGUUGGUGUUUUGUGAAUGUUUUUUAUGAUAAAUUAGCAGAAAUUAAAUUAUAUGACAACUGGUUAAGCACAAAAAAUAAAAUAAAUUUGAAUAUGAGCAAUCAUUAGCCAAAUAUAACAGUGUUUUUUGUUUUGUGAAGACGCAUUGUGAGAAAAAAAAACCGGAACAACUAGUGUAUUUCAAUAUUGUAAUGACGUAUUAUUUCUAGUGAUUUUAACGUUAAGUGUUUUGGAAGUUAAAGCAACUGGAAAACGACGAUAGUGCAUUUAUGAAUAAAAACUUUUAUUUACGUUGUGUCUAGAUAUAUUCAAGACGUAAAUUGUAAUUGCCACAAGAUGGCCGCCAUUGGAUACUCGCUCCGCCAAAACCCGCUUGUGAGGCCCGAUGUGUCAUCCGUGAGUGAGCACCUUGCGCGCAUGUUGUAAGUUGGCGUCUCGUAACGCGGCCGAGUUUUCCGGCCGCUUCCAGCGAGGUUCCAUUUUAUAAAAUGGAAUUUCGCUCGGGGCGCCAAAAUACGAUGGGUGUUGACAUAUCUCAAGCGACUAUACCGUACCGUUACUCAGACGGCCGUAACAAAUAAUCUCAAACAAAAAUGAUUGAACCAGACGACGUUGGAAAAGAAGUGUGGAAGCGAUGGAUUCUUGAAGCGAUACAUAAAAUACGAUCGCAAAAGCAGAGGCCGAGCGUUGAGCGCAUCUGUCAUGCGAUAAGACAGCAUCAUAACUAUCAUGAAGAUGUUGUUUCGGAGCGUUUAGAAAGAGCUGUACGCGAUGGUGCUGUGUUAAAAGUGUAUAAUAAGGGUCAGAGUACGUACAAGGAUCCAUGUGGAGUGCAAAAUAAAAUUCUGCGGAUAGCUGCAGACGCGGAUAUCACCCGUGUUGUGGCUAAAGCGGUACGAGAGUUGGGCGAAAGAGAUGGUUCCAGCUUGAAAACAAUUGAAAAACAUUUGCGGCAAGCAUACCAAGUGUCAGUGGAAGAGAACACGGAUGUGCGUGCUUUAUUACGAGCUGCUGCGAAACGUGCUGUGGCUCGGGGUCUGUUGACCAAUGUGUCUGGUAAUUACCAGGUCACGGACCGUCCAGCUGGCUUAGAGCGCCAGAAACUGAAGAAGAGUUCAGAGUCACCUGAAAAGAAGCAAAUUGGAGGGGUGCCAGUGUGUGCAGAGUGUUUGGGCACAGAUGCUAGGAAUAGGCAGGGCUCUGCGGAGGCGUUGAUCUGCUGUACCCAGUGCAAGUCUUAUGCGCACCCAACUUGCUUGAAUUUAUUGGAAUAUGUCAACUUAAAUACUAUUAAGAGCGGGCGGUGGUGCUGCGGCGAGUGCGCGCGGUGCGGCGCGUGCGGCGCGCGCGGCGAGUGGGCGGCGCGCUGCUCGGCGUGCAGCAGCGUCGCGCACCCGCGCUGCGCGCCGCCGCCCUUCACGUGCGAGAGCUGCGCGCGCCGGCCUAGGAUGACAAUGAGUGGGACGCCCAAGAAACGGAAACCAAAAGCGGCGGCGCGGCGAGCCGACUCCGACGACGAGCCGUCCGACGGUAAUGCCUCCCCAUACCGCCUCCCGUCCGAACAGAGAAUGUCCAAGGAGAAACAAAAGUUCUUCAGAUUCUCCGCUUUCAACCUCGUCAAGCGGCGCCGGAGGGAGUCCUCCAGCGAGUGGGAGAGCUGGGAGGACUCCAAGUGGGGCGGCGUGCGCGUCACCAGGGUGCAGCGCGUCGAGCUGUGCCUGCAGCGCCGCUCGCCCUCCGACGCGGGCUCCUCCUCCCGGUCCCCCGAGCCCGAGCCGCCCCCGCCCGCCCCCACGCUCUUCGAGCGGCUAGCCACAGAGCCCGCCGCGGUCUGGGGGUUCGCGGCCGAAGCGCAGAAGCAACCCCUCUUGCAAGAGAAAGAAGAGCCUCUCCGACCGAGCUCCCGGGCCUCGAGACCUAAUUUAACAGAAAUUCGGCAAAGAAGACGUAGCAGAUGCAGCGAUAGGCUGUUAUCGACGCUAUUCGAUGGCCUCUCAGAAUUCUAUUCAGUGCGGACGGCGUCUAGAUCGCAAUCGCGGCACAGAUCUCGACCUCCCAAACGCGAAGAGAGCCCGGAGGCGGAAGAUAGGCAGGUAUUGAAGGAGACGAGGAGUACGUUUCGAAGGUACCAAGCGUCGCUAAAAAAAGAGAAAAGCGAGGGGGAGGGCGAGAGGGAGAGGGGCGGGGAUCAGGAAAGGAGCGAGGUGCGGUUGAGCGCGAGCGCGCUGGUGCGCAGCCUGGCGGCGGGCAAGCGCGGCGCGGGAGGCGCGAAGCGAAGCGGGAGCGGGGCGGAGGACGCCAAACUAUUGUGCGGCCUAGCGCUGGCGGCCACCAAUCAGACGGAAGGGAAGCGUCUUCCACCCGGCGUGACGGAAGCGGAUGCCGAGUUAUUCGCAGCGGCACGUACAGCUGGCGGCGGGGAGGGAGAGGGGAGUUCGGGAGCGGGGGGUAGUGCGGGAGUGGGUAGUUCGGCAGCUAGAUGCCCCUCCGCUAUUGAGUUUGGCCAGUGGGAGAUCGAGACGUGGUACUCGAGUCCCUUCCCACAAGAGUAUGCGAGAUUACCGAAACUGUUCCUUUGCGAGUUCUGCCUUAAAUACGCAAAAAGCCGCGCAGUGUUAGUGCGGCAUCUUGACAAGUGCCUCUGGAGACACCCUCCAGCCACAGAAAUUUAUCGACGUGGUGAUAUUUCCGUAUUUGAAGUGGAUGGGAAUGCCAAUAAGAGCUAUUGCCAGAACCUUUGCCUCUUGGCGAAAUUGUUCCUUGACCACAAAACCCUGUAUUACGAUGUUGAACCCUUCCUUUUCUAUGUGUUGACAAAAAACGACAGCAAAGGAUGUCAUCUUGUUGGAUACUUUUCAAAAGAGAAACAUUGUCAGCAGAAAUAUAAUGUGUCAUGCAUAAUGACAAUGCCGCAGUAUCAAAGACAGGGCUAUGGACGAUUCUUGAUACAUUUUAGUUAUUUACUUUCGAAGGAAGAAGGUCAGCCAGGAACUCCAGAAAAGCCUUUGUCUGAUUUAGGCAGAGUUUCGUAUCACGCCUAUUGGAAAUCUGUAAUUCUGGAAUUCCUUGAUGAAUAUAGAAAUAAGCCAUUUACAUUUGAAGACAUUGCCUUGACCACGGGAAUGCAUAUGAAUGAUAUAGCCAUUACAUUUCAGCUGCUGGGUUUUGUGAGAUAUAUUCCAAACGAUGAUACCGUAAAAUUGGGCAUCUGUGUCGAUUGGAAUAGGGUUGAUAAUCACAUGAAAAAGCUAAGAGCUAAACCGCGGCUCGAAAUCGAUCCUGAAUGCUUAAGGUGGACUCCAUUACUAGCACCAACCGUAAAUCCCUUUAGAUCACCAGAAGAGAAUUCAGGUGACCAAGAAACAGAAAAUGAUGAAGGCGAUUUGAAAACUGAGAGUGAACAUACUGAAACAGAGCCUGAGAUACCAUCUAAAGAAGAAAGUGCACUUAAUAAUGCAGAAAAGGCACCUGACAGCCAAGUAGAAGUUACAUCUUCAGGCAGGAGAAGAACGAGGCCGCUAAAGUACAGUGAAAGUACGUAUCAAACUACGCCAUCACUUGGAGACGGUAACAGGAAACGGAAACGCGACAGCAAUAGGAAAAUAUCGGAAACAAUUGAAGAGGAUAAGAAGGAAGAAAUUGUCAGAAGACCAAGAAGUAAGAGCGUCGCGCGUCGAUCUUCACGAGUCUUACAGAACGAAGCAAAUGAAAUUGUUGAAAACAAUGUACAGAGUGUUAAAGAUGCGUAUGCUUCAGACAGUCAAGAUAGUCAGGAGAGUUUAGAAACGCGGGUCACUCCGGCUAGCAAAGUAAAGAGUAAGAGAAAACUCGCCUGGCGCGGCAGACAAUCUAAGCGGCAACGAGUGAACAAGGCCAAAAAGAGAAGUGACUCGCCCGUCGCAAAGAAAACAAAAUUGGAUGAUGAUUCUUGUAAAUCAAAUGAUAUUGAUCAUAAGGCUGAACCAGUUGCUGAACAACCAAACACAGCUCAGAUUAAUGACGAAAAAGUCGAAGAAAGAGCUAAGAAUUCGGAGGAGAGUUCAGAAGAUUCUUCGGGUGAGGCAGAUGAUGAAAUGGAUGUUGAGGAAGGAGAAGAUAGGAAGAGCGUCGCAAGUAAACCCGGUACUCCACAACCCAUCGAGGAGAACAGUACGGAUAAUCAUACUAGUGAUAUGGAACUGGAUAGCAUACACAUGGAUUCACCCAAAUCGAUCGCGGAGAAAGAUCAAGUUAUCAAUGAAACAACAGAUAAUAAAUGCGAACGUGACGCUUCUUUGCAAAAUCUUGAAAAUCUUAAUGUGAACACUAAUGAAAGCGAGAACAAUUCCAGUGAAGCUGAACCAAAAGAGAAAGAGAUGACUAGGAAUGGAGAAAUAAAAUCACCAGUGAAAACAGUUUUAGAUGAUAAGGACACAAUCAUCAUUUCGGAAUCGGAUGACAAUAAUAGUCAAAGUUGUCCACUGCCAUCUCCAAAAGCAAAUGACAUCAUACCAGUUCAAAAUAGUGAGUCGAAACCAAAGGAAAUACAAGAAAAUGAAAGUCCUUCCAAAGUGAUGCCUGUAGUCACUACGGAAAAUGCGCACAUAGUCUUAGAUGCAAAAGGACCGGAAGAUAUCAGUAGGAAUAAAUCAUCUAUGGACCUUAUUGUACCAAAUGUUGCAAAAACACAUCAAAUAGAAACUAUUGUUGUAGAAGGAGAGUCAGAUAAUCCAAAUUCUCCACAAACAGGCAUUUCCCCUAAGAAAAACGAUAAAACCGUUAUAAGUGAAUCGCCAAAAUUUAAGAAAUCACCAGAAAAAACUAAUACAGAUAUUAGUUCUGAACAGAAAAGAUUUGAAAUGCGAAAAGAGACAGUAAUACAUCAGAAUAUGGAUGACACGAAACACACAGAGAAAAAGUCACCAAAUAAAAUUGAAUCCAUUAUUCAAAGUUUAGAUCCACAUAGAGAUGUUAUAAGUAUUAAACGGCCUGACCCGCCAAAAUCAGAUUCAUUCAUAGAUAUUACGAGUAAAUUGCAAAAUCCGAUUACCAGUCAAGAAAGCGAGAUUACAUUUCGAAGUGAUGGAUUAAAUACUCGUAAAGAUGAGAUAGUCGUAUCCAGGAGUAUAAUUGAAACGAACAUGCAAAAUUAUCAAACGGCUAUGAGUAAUUCUAUGACAAUCCAACCAAUAAACUCAAUGCAGCAUUCUUAUAUGAAUCACAGGCCGCCAAUCACUAAAGAAUCGCAAGGAGUUCAAACAGAUAAAGUUCUCAUUAAAACUAGUGAACAAAAUAGAGUCAUGACAAAUAUGCCGGAUUCGACACCCGUUAUAAGCAAGACCACCACGAAACUCGAAGUUCCACAUCCUAUAUCAUCUCCUGUAGUGAAUCCAGUGGUAUCAAUACCAAAAGUCCCAAAUGUGACUGAUAUUAAUUUUUUACCACGUUGCCAAAGCGCUAACGCCGCUGUCAAUUUGGGCUUGGAAAGAACUGAUUUGGACCAUACGUUUACAAACAAUUCAUUACAAACUUCGUUGAGUGGUUCUAUGAACAUAAUACAAAAUAGCUCUCAAGACAAGAAUGAUCCGAAUCAAAGGCCGCGGGAGAAAAGUAAACUUCGAGAUGUUAGAGUUAACUCUGCACACAGUAAAUUAGAGAAAACUGAUAAAAAACCGUCUAAAAAUGAUACGCCUAGAAGUACUCCGGAACCCAAGAUGUUUUUUCCAGACCAAAGUGCAAACGCAAGGAAGCCAGAGACGUCUGUGCCAAUAAACGUAAUAAACUCGGUCACGGUCACAAGCAAGUCGGAUACAAAGACCAGUGAGGCGCCGAAGAAGCAAGAUUUUUUUAAGAAAGAAAAGUCCAACACCACAAAAUGCGAAUCAAAAAACGUAUCUGCUAAACAUGACAAAACUUGCAGCUCACAGCUCCUAAAAGCGGAUCAAAAUGAUAUAAACAAAAUGUUGCCGAAAUUUAAAUAUGACAACGAACUGGUUCCUAAAGCCGACUAUACAAUGAACCAAAUCCCCAAUUACCAUACAACACACGCUCAGUAUCCACAAUGGCCACCGUGGGAUCCGACGAGGUUGCAAAGUACGUGGGACCACAACAGGUUUCUCGAUAUGAAGAACAACGACAAAACCUACCUCGACAAAUUCCAAGGGUUCAACUUGCCGCAUUUAGACCAAAUGCAAAAGUCGCCGCAAAAAUUCAACCAAAAAGACUUUCACAACAUUGCGUACAGCGCACUAUCCAGCAGUAUUUACACGACGCAGCUGUCGCACUACAAGGAAGCUAAAGCUCCAACGUCUAAAGCAUCUGAAUGCAGCCAAAAGAACGAGUGCAAACCGGCUAAACAAUCGAAAAUCACGACCGGUUGUCAGACGCAAUGCGAACCAAAGAAGUCUCAGUCGCACAACGAGGCGCAAAUGAAGCAAAUGAUGCAACGGCAAGUGAACAAGCAGCCCGAGGUCGCGACGAGUUGUGCUGAAUACCGGCAGCAGAGUCCCCAGGUGUUAACCUCGCCUGGAUGCAAAUCGUUCAACCAGAAUGGGCCUUGCGGACAGGAGAAGGCCGAGAUCGAGAAGAAAUCCCGACAGCAUUCGAAAAAGGAAGAGUCUCCUAAGGAGAACAGUAAAGAAGAGAUGUGCGAAGCUGUCAGCCCGGCGUUGCAAUCUAUGGGAGUGUAUACGCCAGAUUCUACAAGCAACUCGGUGCAUUCAGUGCAGUAUCCUGCCUGCGAGCUGGAUGUCAGUCAACUGGGGCUGGAAUCUCCGACCAGCAUUGGGUCAGACCUGGCCUCACCGUGCUCCAUGAUGCACAUGCACCCGGCGCCGAGCCCGCAGUACCCGCACUCGUCGAUACACAUACCGUCGAUCAUGAGCCAGCCCAAUCAGCCCCCAAAGCAACAGAAGAUCAAUAACAGGAAUCGGAACAGCUCGGCCAGCGGCACCGCGGAGAGCAAAGCGAUGCGCAGCGCGGCAACGCCGCCCGCGCGCCACCGCGCCACGCCGCCCGCGCACCAGCCGCACGGCGUGAUGCAGACGAGUGGCGGCGGCGGCGGCGGCGGGUACCAGGGCGGCUACCUCGGGUUCCAGCAGCAGCAGCAGUAUCACGCGGGCUGGGCGCCGUCCUGCUCGCUCGCCAAGCUGCAGCAGAUGGCCGACGCGCCGCAGCACCCGCCGCACACGCCGCCCGCGCAGUACGGGCAGCAAGCUGGCACGCCUCCGAGCGGUCAUUACCACGCGCCGAAGUACUAUGCGCCCGCGCACAACCAACUCGACUCACCAAGGAACACACGGAACGCUACUAGCAACCUCAGCCAAAUACAACACGUGCCAAUGGGCCCCGGCUCCCGCAUGUCGCCGAAUUUGAACACACACCUCCUCAACCAGUACAGUCUGAAUGGCUACCGGGUGCCCCCACAACAGCAGUUCAACAACCUACCUGUACAGAUGAUGAAUGUGCAGCCCACUGUCCAGUACCCAGCUCCUGACCCCAGAGCACAGCAACCCAACGUGUACGCAUACGCGGGCUACAUCAACCCCCCGCCACCCCUCACCAUGCAAACUCUGAACUCGACUAUGCGUCGGUAGCCUCGACCGAAAACUCAGUGCCGCAAGUGAUAGUGCAGUGAAAUACAAGUGAUAAAACAGUAUAUCAGUGUGUAAAUUUUUUAAACUCUAUCGGACUAUUAUUUUGGACGGUUUCGAAAUUUUAACUGCAAGUUUGUCGUUGUGAAUACUCAUGCGGGAACUGAUUGACCAACGAGUGUUAAGUUAUAGUACAAAUAAUGUUAGAUUAUGUGUAAAUAUGGAAACGUAACACCACUUGAGUUGCCUUGUCAGUGUUUCAGUUGGAAGAGGCAGGUUUUUGUUUAUGGGUGUAGGAUGUAGGGGGUGGGGUGUUUUGAAAUAUAUGCAUAAUUCUAUAAUGAAAUGCUUUCGAAUCCAAUCCAAAUCUUUUAAACAAUAAUUGUAACUAAAGUUUUCGUUUAUUUAUUAUUAAUAAUUGUCAUUUUUUUGUAUUAGAGUGUAGUUUUAUAUUUUAUUUUUGGGCCAGGUGGUUAUUUUCUUUUGUUAUGAAUUACUACCAAUAAUUUGGGCCCCACCCCAACCCACACCACUGUUUGUAAAAAUAAUGUGUAUGUAGAUUCUCUCUGAGGAAACUGACGAAAUACUGAGAAAAGUACAAAAUUACUGAAUAAAAAUGUAUUUAAAGACUUAUUUUGUAUUUGUACCGUCAAUGAAAUGUAGCAUAAUUGUAUAGUGCAAUAAAGUGAGGAUGCGAUUGCAAUUUUUAUCCGUUUACAGUUUAGAUAUCGGCACAUGAACUGUGAUAAUCUUUUGAUCGGACAGUAAUUUAUCGGGGUGUGUUUAAAUCAUGUAAUUAAUAUUUUAUAACUCCCAAAGAAAUCAUAAGUAUUAAGUGUUUUAAUGAGAGUUGCGUGCAAUCGAUUCGAAAAUUGUACCAUUUAUGUAAAAAUUUGUUUAAAAUGCUUAUGUUUUAUGUGUAUAUGCUGUUUUGUUUUUCCAUUGAGAUGUAAUAUACAUACAUAAUCUGUACAGUCCGCGUAUAAUAAUAAUGUUAUCAUAGGUCCGUCUGAUCUGUUCAUAAAAGUGCCUCUUUCUCGUCCCAAACUAUGCUUAAUUCCAAUGUAAGAUAUUGUAAAUGGACCGCUUUACUUAACACAAGGCUGUAUUCAUAGGAUCAAUGAUGCUAGUAUAUUUGUAUAAUAAUUUUUAAUUUUAUCCAUGUGAUAGUGUUAGUUCACGUUAGCGAGUAUGAUUGGUGAGCCAUUUCAUAUGAAACGGGCCUAAAGAUUAAUUUUAUAUUUUUUUAAUAUAAGUUUAACAAGCUAAUUUCUUUUACGCUUUAUGUUUAAGGGUUAUUUUUCGUGUUAUCCUAGUUAUUUAUUGCCAAAUGUUAUUAACAAUCGCGGUAAUUAAAUUUUAAGUUACGAUUAGUUGAGUGUCGUCGCGAGACAAGGCCUCCCUACAGUAAAUUAUUUGUAAGAUCUGCUCCUUACGUUAUAAAUGUUAUUUGUUACUAAUGUGUAGAAUAAAGAAUAUUGUAAAUACAAUAACAAUAAGACCUUGUAGCAGGUGUUAUCACACAAAAUAUAAUUUUGUGAAAA